AGCCUCAGUGUUCAACAACAUGGCGACCCCCGGUAGACAUGUAGGGCAUUAUAUCCAAAGAAACAGCCGAUUUUUGCUCAAUAACCUGGACCAGCUGUGGGUUAACAGGACUUUUGGUUGGACUUCAGCUCUGCGACAACACGCUGCAGAAACUAUUACAGAAUCCACAGACACUAUUGUCAUCCCCAGGAAGAAAACAUGGAGCAAGGAGGCAGUUCUGGAGGCUCUGGCUGCAACUGUCAGCAGGGAUCCAACAGCCUACUCCUAUCAGUUCCAGGAUGAUCCUUACCUCACUCCCAGGACCGCCCCAGAGCUUAGGCUGUACACUCUCGCUCAGGAGUCCGGCAGAUCUGCAGCCAAAUACUUUGUCAACAGUAAUCCCAAGUUCUUCACCAAAGACUUUGCAGAACCACACAUACCAUGUCUGAUGCCAGAGACUGUGUCACUGCGUCUGGAGGAAGUGAGUGAGGAAGCUCUAAAGGAACGAAUCAACCUGAGGAAAGUUAAGGCUGCUGUGGACAUGUACGAUCAAAUCCUGCAAGCUGGCGUGUCGGUGUCCAUGGAAACGACCCAUGACCUGUUAGACCUGAUCUGUCUUUACUGUGACAAAGAUCCUGUCGAGGACGAAGGACCAGAGACGGAGGACGUGGAGGGGGCAGAGGACGCUAAGAGAAAUAAAGCCGGGGCCCGUCGAGCGUCAAACAUCCUGAAGUCAAUCUGGAGAGAAAACAACAAUGCAGAGAGACUCUUUAACCUUCUGCCAGAGAGAGACACACAGUGUUACUCUGCUCUGAUCAGAGGCAUGGUGAAGCAUGGAGCCUACACAAAGGCCUUCAGUGCAUACACAGACAUGCUGAACAACAGACUCACAGCCGACGUCCACAUCUUCAACGCCCUGAUCUCAGCAGCUCCAGAGGUCCGAGAUAAAUACAACGAGAGAUGGGAUGUCAUCAUUGAGCUCUUGAACCAGAUGAGUCAACAGAAAGUUCAGCCCAACCUGCUGACCUUCAACAGUGUUCUCAAAGCUCUGAGACGAUGUGGCUUUUUGGCCAAAACACAAUCAAUACACACUCUAAAUGAGAUGAAAGCUUUGGGCAUAGCCCCCAGCCUGGCCUCCUUUGACCACAUCCUUGCAGUCUUUUUCAAAGGAGCCUCUCGCCAGGCCAACAGUGACAUUUUCCAGGAAGUGAUGUCAGAGCUGGCAGGAACCAGCUUCACCUGCCGGGACCCUGAUGACACUCAUUUCUUCUCAAAUGCAAUGAGAAUAUGUGUGGAAAUCAAAGAUCUGGAGCUGGCUUAUAAGGUCCAGAGUCUGCUGGAAGUGGGUGAGAACUGGAGGCUCUUGCGAGAUCCCUACAGAAGUUAUUUCUAUGGUAGCUUCUUCAGUCUGCUGUGUAUGAUGGAGCACGUCGACGUGGUGAUGAAGUGGUACAGACAGCUCGUUCCCUCGGUGUAUUACCCGAACACUCAGGGAUUUAGGGACUUGAUGCAGGCUCUGGACACUGACAGCCGUCUGGACUUGCUGCCUGUUAUAUGGAAAGAUAUCCGCUCUCUGGGUCAUGAUAAUAAAUCUGAUCUUGUGGAGGAGCUGCUCAACCUGAUGGCCAGAGACACACACAGUCCUGAGGUUCAGGAGUCUUAUGCAGCGUGUGCUCUGGAUGUAAAAAGUGUGUUUGCUGGAGAUAGAGGAAACAAAAGCCUGGAGUGGAGCCCCUCCUCUCUCUCAAACAUCACCUCCCUGCUGCUGCGAGCCAACAAGACCCAACAGGCCUGGGAGAUGCUGCAGCUCUUCAAAUCCAAGAACAGAGUUCCAGCAACGGGCCUGUUGGAGGAAUUCCUGUCAGCGUGUCACAGUGAGGGCUCCACGAAUAGGGCCGUGGCGCUGGUUCAGCUGUCUGCAGCCUUCUGUCUGUCUGCAACACCCACACUCGCAAAGCGAACACUGUCUGAGUUUGAUCUGACGGAGGAACAAAGAGCCAUACUUUUGGACCUGGAGUCAGCAGGAGAGUCCUUAGAGUGAAGGAGGAGAUAGUUAAACCGCUGUGAUACCAAUCCAUGAUGCAUGAGUAGAAAGUGUACUGUGUCUGUGUAAUAAACAUAUUUGUCACAUAAAUAAAAUCUUAACCUCUCCUU